UCGUCACGUGUGUCCCCGAGGUCCACGUGGGGCGACACAGCUGGGCCGCCCCCGGCUGCGUGGACGGGGACGAGGGGGGGGGGGGAAAGGAAGAAGAGAAGAAAAAAUUCCCCCUCAUCCCCUCGCCCCCUUCCACCCUGAUCUUUAAUGCAUACAUUCCCCCAGCGCCGCUCGUUCCUAAUCCUAUGGGAUCAGCGGGCCCGUGGAGGCCCCCCGGGGUCCCCCCCAAGAAGUGAUGGCUUUAUAAGGGGCCCGGAGAGAGCGGGGAUGCAGUGCCCACCAUGGCCUCCAAGCUCAAGGAGCGGAGGAGGACGCCGGUUUCCCACAAAGUGAUUGAGAAGCGGAGGAGGGACCGCAUCAACCGCUGCCUCACCGAGCUGGGGAAGACAGUACCCAUGGCUCUGGCCAAGCAGAGCUCCGGGAAGCUGGAGAAAGCGGAAAUCCUGGAGAUGACGGUGCAGUACCUGCGGGCUCUGCACUCGGCAGACUUCCCCCGCGGACGAGAGAAGGCAGAGCUGCUCUCCGAGUUCGCCAACUAUUUCCACUACGGCUACCACGAGUGCAUGAAGAACCUGGUGCACUACCUGACGACGGUGGAGAGGAUGGAGACCAAAGACACUAAGUACGCCCGCAUCCUGGCCUUCCUCCAGUCCAAAGCGCGCUUCGUCACUGAGCCCCUUUUCACCUCCCUGGGCUCCCUGCCGGAGCCGGACUUUUCCUACCAGCUGCACCCCGGGCCCGAGUGUUCCGGGCACGGCCACAGCCCCGCCGAGGCCGUGCUCCAGCCGUCUUCGGGGGGGCCAUUCCCCUGGCACGGCACUGCCCGCAGCCCCUCCCUGCCCUAUCACCUGCCCAGCGCCGCCGUGCCCCUCGCCAGUCCCGGCCAGCAGCGCAGCACCUUCCUCUCCUCCGUGCAGGGGCUGGACCGCCACUACCUCAACCUCCUCGGCCAUUCCCACCCCAAUGCCUUCGGGCUGCCCCCAGGCCAGCACCCCUCCAUGCUGUAGAGACUCGUCCCGCCUGAAAAAACCCUAUUUAUGACCGCGGACACUGCAGGUUACACCCGGGCGCACGGGGAGGCUGCCGGGACAGAGUGAGAUGCGCUGGGGUCCCAGAGGGCGAGAAGCCCCUGCCCGCUCCAGGGGCCUGGCUCUGCUCCCGCCCGUCCUCUCCGGGGGCCUGGAGCUGCCCCCACCCGCUCCUUUUCCCAUCCGCGGGUGCGGUGCCUGUACAAGCGAUGUCUCGGAAUAAACGUUUAUACUCGCC